AUGAUUGACAAAGUUGGUAACGCUUUUAAAGAUUUUUGUAUACGGCCAUUGGUUGGUGCAAGAUUGGUGGUAACACCAGUAAUAUUCAACGAUGACAACACUAAAGCAUUUAUUGCAUCCGGCAGCGCAGUAAUCGUAGUAAAUGUUUCGACUGGAAAGUGGGAGCACAUAUUAACCCAUUCUACGAAUAGCAACAGAGAUCAUUCAAUAGUGGGGCUUCAUUUUGAGGCACCGAAAAAGCUCAUAACUAUUACCGAAACUGGUUUUUGUUCAGCAUGGAAUACGGAAGAAGGAACUGUUAUGUCUGUUGAUAAAAUCAAACUAAAAAAUCUACGUGUGUUAAAGUUCCGGUAUUGUUCUGAUGCCUCAAAGAUUAUCGUCUGCGGGAAUAUGGACACUCUCCAAAUGACUGUGCGUAACAGUGAGGAUACGCGAAUAUUUUUUUCUGGGAAUCUCAAAGUUCUUAAUACUCGCCAAAUUGCAAUUACUGACGACUUUGUAGUUGUUUGUGACAGAAGAACUGUACUCGUAUAUUUUGUUGAAGAUGGUGAGCAUAAGGAAUAUGUUUACCGUGGGAAGAUGCAGUCUGUUAAGCACGAGGAAGCAUAUUUUGUUACAGCAGCUGCUUGUGGCAAUACUGUUGCUGCUUCAAUGCGAAUAGGACGCGUUUUUAUAUGGAAUGAUGUUGGUAAAAAAGGUCACCUUAAUCCCACAACGACUGUUCACUGGCACCAGAUGGCUCCUAAUCUUGUCAUCACUCCAUUUGGAUCACUCGUUUCUGGCGGGAUGGAGGCAACAAUUGUGAAGUAUUCUUUAAGUAAAACGAAAGAAACUGCGGCUCCAAGUUUCUUACCCCAUUUACAAGCAAAUGUUAUGACGAUGGGUCUUUCGAAUGAUGGUUCACUGCUGUCGGUGGUGCUUGAAGACAAUUCUAUUCACUUUGUUUUACUUGCUACGAUGACGGUUUUAUCAUCAGCAGAAGUCGGAUGCAUUAGGCAUAAAACUUUGCCACGUAGUGUGUUGCCCUUAAUGACUGACCCAUUUUACCCGGAUGCCAUCGUUAUAAGUGCAAACCCUGGGAAGCUAACCUGGAUUGAUGCUGGUAGCGGAGUCUCCAUAAGAACUCUGGAUGUGACUGAUGAGAAUGCUGCUACUCGUAACCGCGGUAGAAAACUAGUCAAUUUUAGUGAGGUUAUAGCGGCAGGAUUUGCAAGAUCAUUGCAAGAACAAGAAGGUUAUGGUAAAGAGGACUUAGUUCCCAGGCUCUUUCUGUGUCUCAUUCAUGGCCGUAAUGUGAAAAUGCGAAAGGGGUCGUUUGCUUUGGAUAUUGAGAAGAAUUCACUCAAAUUUUGGUCGAGAGUUGAAGAAAGUGGAGGUUUAAAUUUGGAAUAUGAGUAUUCUUGUGGAGAAAACGUUGUAACUUUUAUAAGAAUUACUGCCGAUUCCCAGACGGUCUUGACCGUUAGUUCGAAGGGAGACAUAUGUCUCUGGCAUAGAACGGAAACGAAUACGAAAAGGUGGUUGCAAAGUCCAGCUACAAAUUUUCAUGAUAUGGAAGUGAGCUAUGCGUCGCAGUUUAAAGAUUCACUGGUUGCCCUAAUUCACACUGCUUCGUUAACAAAGUUAACCGCAGAAGAGCCCGUCGAUGGAAAAGAAAGAAGCCUUGUAAUUUGGAAUGUGUCAAAUAGUAACGCAGUGUCAGAUGAAUGCUGUUAUUGUGAGAAUACUCUAGCCUCUGCUGAAUGGGACCCAAAUCCUCUUUCUCAUCUAUUAUUUCUUUGCUCUCCAACUUAUAUAUGCGGCUUCAAUGUUAAAUCCUCGUCUUUGGUAUGGAUGAUUACUAACUCAGAUGGAUUUCCAAGAACAGGUGUUACGUCAGAUUACUUUUACUUCCACACGGACAAAGAGGUUUAUGUAUUCGAAGAGGCAACUGAGGGGUUGUCAAAGCCGUUAAAAUUUAGUUAUCCAGAUCUUAAUGCACGUGGUUCUGUUGCUGUCGGCAAGGGUUCCGAGUUCAAAAUAGUCUUUGAUGUGCCUAAGGGCUAUUUAGUACUUUCUCGAAAUCUGGAAUUGUUUAAGCUUGAAAGGAAUCCAGGAAUGAAAAAGAGCGCGUUCGCGCAGCUUUACUCCACUGUUGACCAAAGACCUACUAGACAACAUCUUGCAGUUGAACCAAAAUCUGCAAUUGAAAUGCUUGCAGGACCAACUCAUGCGUUACCUCCCAUUUCUUUAUUAGCACCUUCCUUUAUUCAGGCUUUUCUGGUGUAUGCUGCUGUUUGUGAGCACCCACGGUAUAUGGAUAUUAUUCAGUUGCGUGUUGGGUCAGUACGUUUUAUAAAUUAUAUGUUAUUUGAGGGUGCUGAGCAAGAUGAACUCGUGGACGGUAAUCAGCAAGCGGCUUGUGAGUUAAAGCUGGAGCGUUGA